UUAUAAAUGGGCCCAAGUCUAAGGAUUUUGGAAGAUAAGGCCCAAAUCUAUUCUUAGCGACACGUGGCUCACUCAGGACUUUCUUUCUCACUGUCUUAUAUUAUUAGAAACUUAGCAAAUCAAAAAUCUCUCAUUUUGCAGAUCAAUCUCUUCCUCGUUUCGGUGUUCCGCCGAGUCUCUCUGUCUUCGUCUGUUUAUUCACUUACAAGCGUCUAGCUUCGGGAUCUUCGAUUUUGAUUCAAUUUUUUCAUAUCGCAAAGUUAAUCGGUUUAGAGCUUGAGCUAUGGUGAAGGAGAGCGAGUAUUACGACAUUUUAGGCGUCAAGACUGAUGCGUUAGGUGCUGAGAUUAAAAAAGCUUAUUAUAUCAAAGCAAGGCAAGUUCAUCCCGACAAGAACCCUGGUGAUCCUCAAGCUGCUAGAAACUUUCAGGUACUAGGUGAAGCUUACCAGGUUCUUAGUGAUCCGGAGAAGCGAGCUGCUUAUGACAACUAUGGAAAAGAAGGGGUUCAACAGGAUGCAAUGGUUGAUCCUGCAGCUGUAUUUGGCAUGCUCUUUGGUAGCGAGCUGUUUGAGGAUUACAUUGGGCAACUUGCUCUUGCUUCAAUUGCGUCACUCGACGCAGAGUUAGAAUCGCAGGAGCCUGAGAUUAGAAGAAAGAUGCUUCAAGAGAAGAUCAAAGCGAUGCAAAAGGCAAGGGAAGACAAGCUUGUUGCUACAUUGAAAAUCAAACUUGAACCAUUCGUGGAAGGGCAAACCGAUGAAUUUGUAAAUUGGGCUAACGCUGAGGCAAAGCGGCUCUCCACAGCUGGUUUUGGUGAAGCAAUGCUGCACACCGUGGGUUACAUUUACACUAGAAAAGCUGCGAAAGAACUGGGAAAGGACAAACGUCUCAUGAAAGUACCCUUCUUAGCUGAAUGGGUGCGUGACAAAGGCCACCAGAUCAAAUCUCAAGUCAUGGCUGCUUCUGGUGCGGUUUCGUUACUUCAGUUGCAGGACGAAGUGAGCAAGCUGAAUCAGGGAGAGAACAGAGAGGAGCAUAUUCAGAAAGCCAUUGAAGCUAAAAAGGAUGCAAUGCUUCAAUCCCUUUGGCAGAUCAAUGUGCUUGACAUUGAAUCAACCUUAUCUCGUGUCUGCCUAGCGGUCCUUAAAGAUCCAAGUGUUUCAAAGGAUGUUCUUCGAGCUAGAGCUAGAGGAUUGAGGAAGCUCGGAAACAUUUUCCAGGGUUCUAAAAAACGGUACUCGAGAGAGAACAGUUUGCGUCACGAAGAAGCCGCCGUGAAACUUCACGCCGGCGAUUCCUCGAAACCGGCCACGUAAAUCAAGAAAGCCAUAAUACGUUCUUAGCGGUUUGAAACAAAACGAUCGGUUUUUAAGAUUCUUGAGUGUAUUGUAACGAUUUCUAUUUUUCUUUUAUUCUUUUAAGUUCUGAAAUUAAUAUUAUGGGAAGUGAUGGUUUCGUCUUCAUAUUCCCUUUCUUCUCUUCUCUGAAUCUUUUACUUCCGUGUUGGCUUCACAAAACUCCAGGUCGCGUAUCCUGUAAGAUAAAAAUAGACAGGGACAAGGCUUUUUCUGUAUUUUAUAAAUUGGGCCCUCGAAUAUUAUAAAUAUUUC